AUGAUAAUAUUAGUAGUGUGGCUUCUUUUCUUGCUUACCACCGCUGCUCAUGUACGGUGUGAUGAUGGUGAUGGAGGCAGUCAGUGCAUAGAGAAGGAGAAAGAGGCUCUCCUCAGCUUUAAGAGAGUUGCUGAUCCAGGUAACCUUCUUUCUUGGGCAACUAAUAGUUCCAACCAAAACUGUUGUAACUGGGAAGAAAUCACUUGUGAUGACCAAACCAAUCAUGUCGUUGCUAUUGAUUAUGAUAAUUAUAUUUAUGGGAAAGAACUUGGUGGUGAGAUUGGUUGCUCCUUGGCUGAGCUGCACUACUUGAAUUACUUGAGUCUAUCUUUCAACGACUUUACUCGAAUUCCCAAGUGUAUUGGUUCUUUCAAACUUCUCACGCAUCUUGACCUUUCAUAUAAUCCAAUUAGUGGUGCCAUUCCCCCUGAGUUUGGAAAUCUUACCAAAUUGCAGGAUCUUCAUCUUUCUUAUAAUGAUAGUAUAUAUGUUGAUAGUCUUGAGUGGCUCUCUCGUCUCACUUCUUUGAAGACCUUUGCAUUGUAUGAGGCCAAUUUUACUAAAGCAGGGCUUGAAUCAUUUAGAGUGCCACCUUUCUUAUCAGACUUGGACCUAUCAGAUUGUCUACUUCCCAAAGUAGAUCUUUCAUCUCUUUCCCCUUCGAAUUAUUCGUCUAAUUUUCUAAAAACUCUCACACUUGAUGGUAAUUCAAUACAUCCCACUGCAAUUACUUGGUUUUUAAACUCAAGUAAUAAUCUUUUUGAACUUACUAUGUCAGUGAACAUCAUAGAUGGUUUAUUUCCAGAUUCCAUUAGAGGACAAAAAUCUUUGUCAGAAGUUUAUUUGACUGGAAACAAAGCUGAACUUGAAAAUGGAGUACUAAAGUCCUUGGGGAAUCUUUCCAACAUGCAGAUCUUAGAUUUAUCUUACAACAACCUUAGUGGUACCUUACAUAAUGUUUUAGAAAAUCUAGCAGGUUCUGCCAAGAAUUCAUUAGAGACUUUAUAUUUAGAUGACAACCAACUUAGUGGGUCAAUUCUUGAGGAUGCUGAAAACACAUUCCCAUCUCUGAAAGUGCUAGAUCUUGCUAAUAAUCGGUUGGAAGGUACUUUUCCUAGCCACUUGGGUCGAUUUCCAAGUCUUGAAACAUUGCGUUUGUAUGACAACCAACUCACAGGACCAUUACCUGAUCUUUCAUCAAUGCUAAACUUGACAUAUUUUUAUGCAAGUAACAAUAGGUUUAAUGGUACUUCAACUGAGAGUAUUAUUGGUGGACUAUCUCAUCUUGAGUAUUUAGAAGUCUCUUCAAACUCUCUUGUUGGGGUUAUCUCUGAAGUGGACCUAAUUAAGUAUCCCAAAUUGGAGAGUCUAUCUUUUUCCUAUAACUCAGCUUUGAGAUUGAAGUUCAACUCCAAUUGGGUUCCUCCAUUUCAGUUGCAAACCAUAGAACUCGCAUCUUGCAAGUUAGGUCCACAAUUUCCUAGUUGGCUACAAACUCAAUCACAACUCUCCCGUCUUGACAUUUCAGAUAAUGAUAUUUCUAGUGUUGUUCCCAAUUGGUUCAGUAAUAUAUCAUCCGGGUUGCGGCACUUAAAUAUGUCUUUCAAUCUUCUUUAUAGUACCUUGCCACAUUUUCCAUUGAUAGGUGCUCAGAUUACAGUAGUUGAUUUGAGUUUCAAUAAAUUCCAUGGUUCUAUUCCAUCUUCUCUCUCCAAUGCAUCCAAUUUAAAUCUCUCCCAUAAUAAUUUCACUAGUUGCAGCUCCUUUCUAUGUGAAGCAAAAGAUGCGGCAACAGAAUUUCUUGACAUGUCCAAUAAUCAAUUAUUCGGAAGCCUUCCUGAUUGUUGGGGGAAUUUCAACAGUAGUCUAUAUUUUCUGAAGUUAGAUUACAAUGACUUCUCAAGAGAGAUCCCAAGUUCCAUUGGAAGUUUGACAAAUAUUCAAUCUCUACAAUUGGGGAACAACAACUUUUCAGGAGCUUUGCCUUCUACAUUGGAGAACUGUAUUAAUCUGCAAGCUUUGGAUUUUGGAUGGAAUAGUUUGGAAGGAACAAUACCGUCAUGGAUUGGUGAAAGAUUUGCAUCAUUAAUCUCUCCUCAAAUGGUUUAA